UCUGGGGCUGCUGUGAAGGAUGAUGCUGAUGAGGAGGAUGCUGCUGCUGCUGCUGCUGCUGAGCAUCUCCGCUUCCCCUCCAGAUGGCCAAAGGAUUGUCACUAAAGUUACAGAAAUCAUACCUAAAUAUGGUAGCAUAAAUGGAGCCACAAGGCUGACUAUCAAAGGAGAAGGGUUUGCCCAAGGAAACCAGUUCAACUACGGAGUUGAUAAUGAAUUGCUGGGCAACAGUGUUCAUUUAGUGUCGGAAAUUCGGUCAAUUCCUUGUGAUGUAGAAAAAGAUGCAAGUCAUGCAACACAAAUAAUAUGCUACACUAGACCUAUGCCAGAAGAUACCUAUAUUGUUCAAGUCAUUGUGGAUGGAGUUCCUGUGGUGGAUAAUAAUAUAUGCAAAGGUCUUAUCAAUAACUGGAAAUGCAGCUUUAGUGCCAAGCUAUUCAGAACACCAACAAUAAUGAGUAUCAAACCUUCAUCAGGAUUACCAGGUGCAGUGAUAACCAUCCAUGGCAGAAUCUUCACUGAUGUCUAUGGAAGUAAUACAGCUCUAAGUUCCAAUGGAAAAAAUGUCAGAAUUUUGAGAGUUUAUGUUGGAGGAAUGCCCUGUGAGCUUCUCAAGCCUGAUUCAGAUGAUUUGUAUGGCCUGAAACUUGAUCAUCAAAAUAAUGACAUGGGCUCUGUAGUUUGCAAAAUGACUGGAACAUAUGUAGGUCACCACAAUGUCAGCUUUAUUUUAGACAGUGAUUAUGGGAGGAGUUUUCCACAACCAUCAACCUAUUUCAUAUCCUCAUUGCAUAAAAUAGCAAUGUUUCAGACUUAUGCAGAGGUGACUUCAAUCUUUCCUGGCCAAGGGAGCAUUCAAGGAGGUACCCUGCUCACAAUAAGAGGACAAUUCUUUGAUCAAACAGUUUACCCAGCCCGAGUUCUUGUGGGAGGCCAGAUCUGUGCGGUCCAGGCAGUCACAGAUAACAGCAUACACUGCAGAACACCACCCCAGCCUAGAAACCUCAAAACUGUAUAUCCGGGAGGAAGAGGACUAAAACUCGAAGUAUGGAACAACAGCCGGCCUGCUCACCUAGAAGAGGUGCUCGGCUAUAAUGAAAGUACUCCUGGAUACAUGGGCACCACCUGGGUGGAUUCGGCUUCUCAUUUUUGGCCAGUCGAGCAAGAAAGAUUUGUUGCCCGCUUGAGUGGAUUUCUAGUGGCUCCAGAUUCUGACAGUUACCGAUUCUACAUUAAAGGUGAUGACCGCUACGCUCUUUAUUUCAGCCAGACUGGAGACCCAGAAGACAAGGUAAAGAUUGCAUAUCAUUCUUCAUAUGCCAACAGUUAUUUUUCCAGUAAUACCCAGAGAUCAGAUGUCUUUCACCUGCAAAAAGGAAAAGAGUAUUACAUUGAAAUCUUACUCCAACAGUAUGGGCUCAGUGCUUUUGUUGAUGUUGGGAUGUUCCAGUGCAAAAAUUCCUACAGUGAAAAACAAACAGGGGAUGCUGUAAAUGAGGAACAAAUUAUUCAAUCCCAAUCUACAGUAGUGGCAGAAAUUCAGGUCAUAACUUUGGUGAACUGGACAACAGCUGGAGCAAUUAAUGAAGUUCAGACAAUUACAGUUUCCAGUCCAUGUAUGGAUUCUAAUAUGUGUUCAGAUACCCAAUAUAGAUUAAUCUAUAACAAGGAAAAAACAGUUAUGCUACCUGCUGAUGCUCCAGGCUCUGCCCUGCAAUCUGCUUUAAAUGACCUGUGGUCUAUAAAACCAGAUACAGUACAAGUAUCGAGAACAGAAGGUAACCAGGGAUAUGUCUACUCUGUAACCUUUAUAUCAGACAGAGGUGAUUUUAAUCUUCUCGGUUAUGAGGCACCUGAAGGAAAUAAUGUGACAGUAGACGUGGUUGAACUCACCAAAGGAAAGCCCAGUUUGGAUACUUUCACACUGAAAUGGGAUGGAAUUUCUUCCAGACCUCUCAAACCCUGGGCAUCAGGAGCUGAGGUUCAAGCAGCACUGGAAGAAUUGGUCAGUGCCAAAUGUCCAAAGAAAAUUGCCCAUUUUACAGAAGGCUUUAUAGUGCAAUACUUCAGAGAUUACGAAACUGAUUUCAGAAUGGAAGAUAAUAAAAGAGGACAGAAAACCUCUGAAACAGAUGCUUUCUGUGGCCGCUACUCCCUGAAAAAUCCAGCUAUUCUUUUUGAUUCAGCAGAUAUGAAACCAAGCCAGCAUACCUAUGGAGCUAUUUCAUUAUUUCCUUAUCACUAUCUUUGUUUAGCAUACAAAGGAUUCUUGGCUCAUGAGAUUGGUCUGAAAUUCCAGUACCAAGACAGUAACAAAUCAACUAGAAGUACUGAUAAAUGGCUGUCUUUUAACUUUGCUGAAGGGAACAUGAACUGGACAUAUACUUGUAUAGAUCUUCUAUCCCUCAUUCAAGAAAAACACCCAGGAAAUAAUUUUCUACUUCAAAGGAUCAAUUUAAAGAAAGCAUCUGAGGCUCAGUCCUUUUAUGUGGAUGUGGUAUAUAUAGGGCAAAAAGCUACAUUCUCAACUGCAAAUGGAGUGCCAAAGAGAAGACUCCCAGCCUUAGCAAAUAAGGGAAUAUUUUUUAAGCAAUUUCAGGUGAAUCAGACCCAAACAGAUGGAUCAUUUUUAACCAACAGCUAUUCAGUGACUAUGUCGUCACAUAACUGCAGUUACAGAAUUCCCUUACUGGCAGUUGACUUUACUCAGGCUGUGACAAAUACAGAGAAUGAGUCAGUUUUCAGAGGGACUAACUGGCCGGGAGAAUCCCAUGUUCUUAUCAAAAGAAUCCAAACAGCAUCUCCUCCAUUGCAUGGCAGUUUUGACAUCCAGGCUUAUGGGCAUUUACUUCAAGGUCUCCCUGCUGAUGUUUCAGCUGUGGAUUUGAAGUAUGCUCUCCAAAGUAUUGCUGAAAUGGGGGAAGUCUCAGUAACAAGACAGGGAAGCUGCUCUGGGUACUUAUGGAGAGUCAAGUGGAAAAGUGCAUACGGGAACCAGAAUCUUUUACAGAUCAAUGAUUCCAACAUCACUGGAGUAAAUGUCAAUAUGUCAGCAACAAAAACAAGGGAAGGUGGCGUAUUCCGGACACAUGUUCUAGGAGACUUGUUCCGUACACCCAACCACCAGCCGCAGGUUGAGGUUUAUAUCAAUGGGCUUCCAUCCAAAUGUUCUGGUGACUGUGGCUAUAAGUGGGACAACCAAAACACUCCAAUCAUCUCCUCCAUUAGCCCUACUCAAGGUUCAUAUGAAGAAGGGACAGUUCUAAUUAUAUCAGGUUCUGGAUUCUCUGGUAGUUCAGGCAGUGAAACUACAAGAGUUACUAUUGGUGAAGUGAAUUGCUCAAUUUUUUCCAUCUCUGAAAAUGAGAUUCAGUGUCACAUACAGAAUGGAAGCGGAGGAACCUUUCCAGUUGCUCUGUCCAUAGCUGCCUUUGGACUGGUGCAGAAUGCUGGGGAGAAGGGAUUCAAUUUCACUUACAGGACUCAGAUCUCACAGGUCUGGCCUGUUUCUGGAAGCCUAGCAGGAGGCACUCUGCUGACUGUUUCUGGGUUUGGCUUUAAUCAAGACUCAAAAGUCCUAGUUGGAAAUAAAAGCUGCAGUGUUCUUAAGGGAAAUUUUAAAGAGAUAAAAUGCAGAACCCCAAUGGGUCCUGAAGGAACUGUUGAUGUCACUGUUUUUACUAAUGGGUUACAUGCAACCGUCAACAGUGCUUUUAAUUAUAGCCACCUGUGGACUCCAGUGAUAACUGACUUCAGUCCCAAAACAAGGAAAGUCUUUGGAGAAGUAAAUUUAACGAUUAUGGGCCACAACUUUGGGAAUGAAUUGAUAGACAAUAAGGUGUAUGUUGGUGGAGCCACUUGUAAGAUCGUUGAAUGGAACUCCAGUGCUAUUAUCUGUCUUCUACCCAAAUUAUCUCCUGGACACCACAACAUCUGUGUAGAUGUUGGAUAUUGGGGUUUUGCAUCUUCAAGUGGAAAAUUGAAUGUUUCCAUAGCCUAUGUUUUGCAAGUGACUAACAUAUUUCCUCAAGGAGGCUCAUUAUAUGGUGGAACACAAAUCACCAUUAUGGGUUCUGGGUUCAGCAAAAUACCAAAGGAAAACAGUGUGCUCUUUGGAUCAUUCCCUUGCCAUGUAACAACUUCUUCAGAGAAUCUCAUAAAGUGCACUCUUCAAUCAACAAGAAGUACAUAUAGAGUGACCAACAGUGGAAAACAUUCAGUAUAUGGAUUAGGAUAUGCAUGGUUUCCAGCAGUCUUGGAUGUAUCUGUGGGAGACCGGGUGAUAUGGCAAUGGCAAACUCAGCCUUUCAUUAGAGGAGUAGGAUAUGGAGUUUUUUCAGUCUCCAGUCUUGGCAGCGUAGUUUAUGAUGGCAAAGGAUUUACUAGUGGAACCAGAAGAACAAAAUCUGGUUCUUUUUCUUACCAGUUCACUUCACCUGGCAUUUACUAUUAUAGCAGUGGAUUCAUUGAUGAGGCACAGUCCAUUUUCCUUCAAGGAGUAAUUAACGUUUUACCAAAUGAAGACAGGGACAUUCCGCUGCACCUAUUUAUUGAUGAAAUUGAGGCAACAUAUGUUAAAGGAGUACCAGAAAUGUCACCCUUUGGAAGAUCAGGGUCAGAGUGCAUUGAACCAGAGCCUUUGUGUCCCCAGCUUGUCAAUGGGAUAGAGAAUUCUCCUGGAUUCUCCUUCAAGCUUUCAAGCUGUUCCUCCCCUUCCAUCAUCAAUAUUAGUCCAUCCAGUGGCACAGUCAGAGACUUAAUUACAAUAACUGGAAGUGGCUUCAGUAAUAUCACAUGUGCUCAUGAGGUUACAAUUGGUGGACAUCCCUGCAUCACAAAAGGAGUCAGUGAAAAUUCCAUCAUGUGCCAGCUUGACCCACAGAACUCCAUGGACAUAGGGAUUGGGGAACUUGUCUCAUUAACUGUCCACAACCUAGGUACCGCUAUCAAUACCUUGACCAAUGAAUUUGAUCGCCGCUUUGUUCUUUUGCCUCAUGUUGACUCAGUGACUCCAAUUGCUGGAUCAACCACGGGAAUGACCCGAGUGACCAUACGAGGCUCAGGAUAUGCAGCCUCUCUCAGCGAUAUAAAAGUCACGAUGGGAGAUUUUCCAUGUAGAGUUGGGUCAGCAAACUAUACAACUAUUGAAUGUGAGACUUCUCCUGCCCCGGAACAUCUGGGAGAUGUAAACGUUCAGAUACGAGAUGUCCUUGCCCGGUGCCCAGGGGCCUGCAGCUUUUCAUAUCUGGAUGGAAUUGCCCCUUCUGUAACAAGAGUGAACCCAAUCGUUUUACAGACUUCACCUACAGAGGUUCUUAUUGAAGGGGAAGGAUUUGGAACCAUCUUGGAGGAUAUUGCUGUUUACGUAGGACACAUUCAGGUCACAGCUGCCAGUGUUAAUGAAAAAAACAUCACUGUUAUUGCGACUGCUGUCCCAGCUGGAAGUUAUCCACUUUGUGUUGUGGUGGCCACAAAAGGUCGGGCAUUUGGAAACUUUGCAAUCAUCAGUCCUGCAGUGGCAUCGCUAGCCCCGACUUCUGGAAGCCUUAGGGGUGGAACCAUUCUGAUUAUCACAGGCAGUGGGUUCUGUCCAGGCAAUACAACAGUGACCAUUGGAAGCAAUCCUUGUCUAAUUGUGUCCGUUACUUACGAUGAAGUUCAGUGUCUUGCACCAGCAAGAUCAGCUUCAACUGUCCUUGUGAAGAUUGUUGUUAAUUCUGUCAUUUAUCCUAUUUUGGCUUUCACCUAUUCACUUGAUGCUACACCGUUUGUUAAAGAAGUUAUCCCAGCCAGAGGACUACCCGGAACAAAGAUUCAAAUUACUGGAUCGUCUUUGGGUUUCGACGUCUCCAAGAUUUUAGUAACAAUAGAUGGUAUUCCAUGUAAUGUCACUCAUGUGAAUGACAGCCUCUUGCAGUGCACAGUUGGAAAACAUGCUGGUGGAAACUUUCCUGUUUUUCUACAUCAUUUGACAAAAGGUUAUGCGGAAUCCACUGCUAUCUUCGAGUAUCCACUGACUAUAGAAAAUAUUCUUCCAAGAGAAGGCAGUUUUGGUGGAGGUCUAACAAUGACGGUCAUAGGCUCUGGAUUUGAUCCACAAAAAUCAAUGGUUCGGAUUUGUAGUUCAGAUUGUGAAGUAAACAGGCAUCGGUCUGAAUCCGGUACCCUAUUCUGUGAAGUGCCAUUGAAUAAUGGAAGUGGCCCUCAGCAUAUCUGUGAAGUGACAGUUGCCAAUGGGAAGGACUUGUCCCAAUUAAAUGCCGCCUUUACAUACAGCUCAUUACUGACUCCAAUUAUCACUUCAGUGGCUCCUCGGAGAGGAGGAACGGCAGGAGGCACCAGACUUACAAUCACGGGAUCCGGAUUCAGUUCAGAUUGGCAGGAUGUCCAUGUCACCAUAGCACAAGCAACUUGCGAUGUCGAAUUGACCAACAAAACACACAUCAUUUGUACCACACGUGCCCAGUCCCCUUCCCAGUGGACUAAAGUCCAUGUCAACAUUGGAGGCAGUGGCAUUGCCAGACUGGAUAAUGCUGAUUUCUUCUAUGUCGAUGUCUGGUCCUCUCCCUUUUCUUGGGGAGGAGAGUCUCCUCCGGAAGAAGGAUCACUGGUGGUUAUUACGAAAGGACAAACUAUUCUACUUGAUCAAAGUACCCCGGUCCUUAAAAUGCUUCUCAUUCAGGGUGGAAGUCUAAUAUUUGAUGAAGCAGAUAUUGAACUGCAGGCAGAGAAUAUUUUGAUUUCAGAUGGUGGUAUUCUUCAGAUUGGCACAGAGAGGGCUCCAUUCCAGCACAAAGCAAUCAUUACACUGCAUGGACAUCUGCGCUCUCCCGAACUGCCCGUCUAUGGGGCCAAAACUCUGGCUGUUCGAGAGGGAAUACUUGAUCUUCAUGGUCGGCCUAUUCCAGUGAUCUGGACUCGACUGGCUGAGACGGCUGAAGCUGGGGAAAACACUCUGGUUUUACAAGAAGCUGUGAUGUGGAAUGUGGGAGACGAAAUUAUAAUAGCAACCACUGGAAACAGCCAAAGCCAAAGAGAAAAUGAAAAGAGAAUAAUUGCUUCCAUAUCUGCUGAUGGCACAGUCAUAACUCUAACCAGUCCCCUGAAUUAUACACAUUUAGCAGUGUCUGUUACACUCCCUGAUGGAACAUUGUUUGAAGGAAGAGCAGAAGUUGGUGUUCUUACAAGAAACAUCCUCGUGAGAGGCUCCAAUAACAUAGAGUGGAAUGAUAAAAUACCACCAUGUCCUGAGGGAUUUGAUUCAGGUGAAUUUGCCACCCAGACUUGUCUACAAGGAAAAUUUGGUGAAGAAAUGGGAAGUGAUCAGUUUGGAGGCUGUAUCAUGUUUCACGCUCCUCAACCCAAUAGGAAUCUCGUAACUGGAAGGUUAGAAUACGUAGAGGUGUUUCACGCUGGCCAGGCUUUCCGUUUGGGCCGUUAUCCAAUACACUGGCACCUACUGGGAGACCUCCAGUUCAAGUCCUAUGUACGAGGCUGUGCAAUUCACCAGACCUAUAACAGAGCAGUCACCAUCCACAACACCCACCACCUCCUGGUGGAAAGGAACGUGAUUUAUGACAUAAGAGGAGGAGCAUUUUUUAUAGAAGAUGGGAUUGAACACGGUAACAUCCUGCAGUCUAAUUUGGCAGUCUUCGUUCGGCAAAGCAGCAGCCUCCUCAACGAUGACAUCACUCCAGCUGCAUUUUGGGUCACCAACCCAAACAAUUCCAUAAGACAUAACUCAGUUGCUGGGGGCACCCACUUUGGUUUCUGGUACCGGAUGAACAACCACCCCGAUGGGCCAUCCCACGAUCCACAUAUUUGCCAGAAAAGGGUUCCCCUUGGGGAAUUUUAUAACAAUACUGUGCACUCCCAGGGCUGGUUCGGUUUAUGGAUCUUUGAAGAGUAUUUCCCCAUGCAAACAGGCUCCUGCACUUCCACCAUACCAACACCCGCGAUAUUUAACGCGUUGACAACAUGGAAUUGCAGGAAAGGAGCAGAAUGGGUCAACGGCGGCGCCCUGCAGUUCCAUAAUUUUGUUGUGGUAAACAGUGCAGAUGUUGGAAUAGAGACGAAGAGGAUCUUAGCACCUUAUGUUGGAGGGUGGGGAGAAUCCAGUGGAGCUGUAAUCCAAAAUGCCAAGAUAGUUGGUCACCUGGAUGACCUGGGCCUGGGCCCUUCCUAUUGCAGUUCAAAAGGCUUACUUCUUCCAUUCAAUGAGGGCUUAACCGUGUCUUCGGUACACUUCAUGAACUUUGACCGCCCUCAUUGUGCUGCUAUCGGGGUGACCUCCAUUGUUGGAGUUUGCACUGAUGGAUGUGGAGGCUGGAGUUCAAGAUUUGCUUCCAUCCAGUAUUUUCAUACUCCGAACAAGGCCGGAUUUCGUUGGGAGCAUGAAGUAGUACUGAUGGACACUGAUGGAUCCCUCACAGGCCACAAAGGAUACUCAGUUAUCCCACACAGCUCACUUUUAGACCCAUCUCACUGCAGUCGACAGGAAGAAUGGAGCGUUGGAUUUCCUGGGUCUCUCUGUGACUCCUCUGUGAGCUUUCAUCGUUUAGCAUUCAACAAACCUUCUCCCACUUCUCUGCUGGAAAAGGAUGUGAUCCUUUUCAACUUUUUUGGAACAAGUGUUGUCCCCUUUCGGAAGAAACGACUGACUCAUUUAUCUGGUUGGAUGGCGUUAAUUCCAAAUGCAAAUGGUAUUAAUUGGUACUUUAAAGGUGUUGAUCACAUAACUAACAUCUCAUAUACUGCCACCUUCUAUGGAUUUAAGGAGGAAGAUUAUGUAAUAAUAUCCCAUAAUUUCACACAGCAUUUUGACAAGUUCAGGAUUACUGAUAAAAGGAAUGGAUCCUCAAAUCCAUUAAAUUGGAGUUCCAACAAGAAUGGAGACUGGCAUCUGGAAGAAAAUACUACCACUUUGUUCUACCUGGUGUCAGGAAGGAAGAGUAGCCCACAGAGCCCUGUUCAGGCUGUUGCUAGAUCGCUCGAUGCUGAUGUGAGAGAUAUCAAUAUUCAUUUUGGAGCUUUCCAUUACCCUGUGGAAGACUGUGUCCCAUCAUCUUCAUCAACAAGAAAUCACCUUCCUAGGAAACGGCCAACGAUAUACAAUUUGUGGUCAAACGAUUCUUUCUGGCAAUCAUCUCAGGAAAAUAAUUACGCUAUUCCUCAGGAAGGAGCAGAUGUGGUGAUCCCAGAAGGAAUCUGGCUUGUGGUGGACUCUGAAAUGCCACCCAUGGGAAAACUCACUAUCUUUGGAGUUCUGGAACUAGAAGAGAAUAAAAAUAACUUUCGAGCUAAAAACACAACCUAUGGAAAAGUGGUAUUGAAUGCAACAUAUAUAUCAGUGCAGGGUGGCAGGUUAAUUGGUGGCUGGGAAGAGAGACCAUUCAAAGGAGAACUAGAGAUUCUCCUCAGAGGAAGUCAUUCUACUCCAGACUGGACUCUAUCAGAAGAACUUAACCAAGGAUCCAAGGUGUUAGGGGUGUUUGGUGAACUGGAUCUUCAUGGAAUUCCACAUGCAGUAUAUAGAACAAAACUCUCAAAAACGGCUCUGGCAGGUUCCAAAAGCUUAUCGCUGGUGCAUGCUGUGGACUGGCAGGUUGGAGAAGAUAUCUUGAUAACAACUACCAGCUAUGAUUCAAAACAAACAGAAACCAGGAGGAUUACACAAAUUUCACCUGAUCACAGAAGUCUUAUUCUCAAUGAUACUCUUUCAUAUACUCACAUUGGUGAAAGAUAUCAGGUCCCUGGCACUGGUCAAAACUACACAUUAGCAGCUGAUGUUGGACUGCUCAGUAGGAACAUCAAAAUAGUUGGAGAAGAUUAUCCAGAGUGGUACGAGGAAUCUUUUGGAGCACGAGUGCUCAUCAGUUCAUUCACAUCGAGCAGGCUGACCUAUAAAGGAAAUGCAAGAAUCAGCAAUGUUGAAUUUUAUCACACUGGACAGGAAGGCUACAGGGAUCAUACAGAUCCAAGAUAUUCUGUGUCUUUCCUCAAUCUUGGACAGGUUGGAGAAUAUGGCUCAUCUUAUAUUCGUGGUUGUGCUUUUCACAAUGGCUUUUCCCCAGCAAUUGGUGUAUUUGGCACUGAUGGAGUUGACAUUGAUAAUAACAUCAUUUACUUUACAGUGGGACAAGGCAUAACAAUAUGGGGAAAUGACAACAGGGUCCGAGAGAACUUGGUGGCUCUUUCACUUUGGCCCGGCACCUACCAAGACCGAGAAGAUACAAGUUCAACUGAAUGGCAUGCAGCAAUUGAGUACAACAGAGAAACCAACACAGUGUUGCAAAAUAACAUUGUUGCUGGAUUUGAAAGGAUUGGAUACCGCAUUGAUGGUGAACCAUGCCCAGGUCAGCAUAACCCUGUGGAAGAGUGGCAGAAUAAUGAAGCCCAUGGAGGAUUAUUUGGGGUUUAUAUGAACCAAGAUGGUCUCCCUGGAUGCUCUCUUAUUCAAGGGUUUACAAUUUGGAAGUGCUGGGAUUAUGGCAUCUAUUUCCAGACAACAGAAAGUGUGCAAAUUUAUAAUGUGACCCUGGUUGAGAAUGGAAUGGGCAUUUUUUCUAUUAUUUACACACCAGCUGCUACGUCUCACAAAAUUUCAAGCAAAACGGUACAAGUAGAGAAUUCACUGCUGAUAGGAAGUAGUCCCAAAUUUAACUGCUCUGACAUCCUAACCAAUGAAGAUCCUAAUAUCAGACUUACUGCCACCCAUAGGAGCUGUAGGCCUCCUUCAGGUGGGCGAAGUGGCAUUUGCUGGCCAACCUUUGCUUCUGCUCACAAUAUGGCACCAAGGAAACCUCAUGCAGGACUAAUGAGCUACAAUGCCAUCAGUGGUCUCUUGAAAGUCACUGAUACCACAUUCGUUGGAUUCAAGAAUGUAUGUUCUGGUGAAACUAAUGUUAUUUUUAUGACAAACCCUUUGAAUGAAGAUUUACAGCAUCCAAUCCAGGUGACAAACAUAAGGACGAUUGACACGACUGAGCAGUCAAAAAUAUAUAUACAUAGGCCUGAUUUAAGUAAAGUAAAUCCAUCAGAUUGUGUAGACAUGGUUUGUGAUGCCAAGAAGAAAGCUUUUCUUAAAGAUACCGAUGGCUCUUUCCUUGGAAGUGCUGGUUCAGUGAUACCCCAAGCUGAAUAUGAAUGGAAUGGAAACAAACAAUAUGGAAUUGGGGAUUAUCGAAUUCCAAAAGUAAUGCUCACAUCCCUGAAUGGCAGUCGAAUACCUGUCCCUGACAAAGCACCAAAUAAAGGGGUCAUUCGAGAUUCUUUUUGUAAGUAUGUACAAGAGUGGCAAAGCUAUCGAUGUUUUGGAAUGGAUUAUGCAAUGCUGGUCAUUGAAAGCCUGGACUCUGAUACAGAAAUACGAAGAAUUUCACCCAUGGCUAUUCUUGGUGAUGGCUAUGUUGACCUUAUUAAUGGUCCACAGGAUCAUGGUUGGUGUUCAGGAUAUACAUGUCAAAGGAGACUGUCCCUGUUUCAUAGCAUCGUGGCUCUGAACAAGUCUUAUGAAAUUUAUUUCACUGGCACCAGCCCUCAGAACCUCCGAUUACUCUUGCUUAAUGUUGAGGACAAUGAGGCUGUUCAAGUGGCAAUUUUUUUCUCCACACUUCAGCGUUUGGAUGUGUAUGUGAACAAUUCACUUGUUUGCCCAGAAAAUACAGUGUGGAGCCCUCAGCAGAAAGACUGUAAAUUCAAUCCAUGUAGGUAUACAGGGCAUCUUCUUCCCAAGCUGAGGUCCGCCAUCCCCGGUGAAAACUACUUUGAUAGAACUUCUCAAAUGCUCUACCUUCUGGUGAAAGGGUCCACUCCUGUGGAAAUCCACACCACUGUGGUUCUCUUCAUUUCUUUCAACUUACCAGAAAUGCUAGAUGAUGAUUUUUACAACUCCAACUCCCUGGUUCAAAAUCUUGCCUCCUUUCUGAAGAUAUCACCUGAAAAAAUCCGAAUCACCAGAAUAAUUAGAGAGCAGAGUCGGCGCAGGAAGAGAUCAACAAAACUUGUCAUUGAACUGCAAAUUGGAGAUCCACCCUCGCAGUCAACAAUCAACCGCACAGGAGGUCAGCUGCAAUUCUCCGAACUUGAGGAAAUCACUGAUCGUCUUGGACAGGCUGUAAUCUUGGGAAAAAUUGGUACAGUUCUAGGAUUUAAUGUCUCUUCCCUGUCAAUUUCCAGUCCUGUUCCUCCUUCAAGUGAUUCUAGUUGGAUUAAGAUGACUGCACGACCAGUUGAAAGGUCUCAAUUCCCUGUAAACUAUUUGGCUUUCAUAUCGUCACUCUUGGUGAUUACCCAACCAGCUGCAGGACAGCAAGGACUACCAUUUUCCCAGCAGCCUUCAAUAAAAGCAGUGGAUUCCCAUGGAAACUGUGUAUCAGUAGGUAUCACUUCAAUGACUUUAAAAGCUGUUUUCAAGGACAUCAACAAUAACCAAAUCAGUGGACUUCGAGGAAAUACAACGGUGCCGUUUAACAGUUGUUGGGCCAAUUACACUGACCUCAGUCUUACUAAAACUGGAGAACAUUUCAAGAUUGAAUUUGUCCUACAUGACCUCCGGGUGGAAUCAGAGCCCUUUAGCCUGGCAUCUCAGUCUGACCCCAGCAGCCAUGACAGUAGAGGGUCCACUUUUGUGGGCACAGCUGCCCAGAGAGCCAUCGUUAUAGUUGGUUGUUUGGCAGGGAGAAAAUUCCUCUUAGAGACAUUCAUGGCUGCCGCGCUGAUUCUGAAGAUAACUGCAGGUGAAGUCACUGAAGCAACAGCCUAAAGAAGACUAAAAAACGAAGAACUAUCACCCGACGCAUGUUUAUGAGGCCUGCUUAUAUCGACAUCAAAUGCAGAAAAUUCAGCUUUGCUAAGUUUGAGUCAAUAACCAAGGCAUUUUCUCAAGUCCAUGUCUUUAAAAAGAUGUGAAACAUCAAAGGGUUUGAAAAAAUAAGACCAUUAAAAUAGGUCAUCCCUGGGCGAGACCAAUGAGCCAUUCGAGCCAGUAUUCUCUGCCUGACAGUGCUGCCAACAGGAUGCUGGUUUCCCUCUUUGGUAACCUUCCUAAUGGUUACAGACGUAUCACUGAGUAUCCCUAACUUUCCCUCUAGUAACCCAUUAUGAAUGGCUUCGUGAAUUUAUCCAAACCUCUCUUGAACCUGCUAGUAUUUUCUGCCUGCAAAUUUUCUUUAAUACCUUCUAAGUGAAGAAAUGUUCCUUUAUGUUUGGUUUUCAUUUCUACUUCUAUAUUCUCAAAAUACAUAGGUAAGAAUAUUAAAAGUUUGAUUUUUA